AGCGAUGCAGUAAACAGUAACACUCCCAUACAGCAGGUGACAGUACGACACGUAAUGCUGCUUUACGUUUCAGCAGUAAACACAAAGAAGAAGAAAGCGGAACCAACGGAGGACGUGUUAUUGUGCUACACCGGUGGAUUGAAAAGCGUCGGACAACAACCAAAGGACAGAACAAGUUGUUCAACUCACCUGCACGAUGUUAUAGCCAAUAUUGUCGAUUAUUUACUGGGACUUUUGACGAUGUGGGUCGCCAGGCGAUUUAUAUCGUCGGUUGCUCAGAGAGGUCACUAUGCGGGGCAGUCCGGCUUAUUUCGGCGCCCUCAGCACGGCUCCCCCCCUGAGCUGGAGCUGCGGUAUCUCCAGUGCACAUGUUGCUGGAGGAGCCGAGUUCCCGUGGCGGGCUUUGAAACCCUGAACGCCACCAUCUCGUCUUCCUCCGAGCCGUGCAAAGAGGACAGCAGCGUGCCCCUGGACGCCUGCUACACCCCCGAGCAGCGGGUCGCCAUCCUGCAGCUGCUUAACAACGCGACACCUGCAGAACUGGCCGGCGUCAAGCUCCUGAGAGGCCGCAAGUCUCUCAACAUUGUGGAGUACAGGACUAAAAACGGACCCUUUAAAACGCUGGAAAGCGUGGUGAACGUCCCGCUGCUGAAGCACAAAAGCGCCGUGGUGGUCUUCAACUCCAUCCUCAACCCGGUGAAGAAGCAGAAGAAAGUGAGGAUUCAGCUGGCCAAGUUUAUCAGGCCAGAGAUCGACAGGUCCUGGUUGGAGGAUGCUAACACCAUAGUGUCACUGGCAUGUGGCACAAAUAAAAUCGCCUGGGCGCACGUGGACCGCGGGAUGGCAGUGCUGGACUGGCAACAGCUUGACUGUCCUAAUUUCUUGAAGGGCACAUACAUGGCCUCUGCUUACUUGAAUGAUGUCUCGGCGGUCGUGUCACUCCUCCCUUCUGCUGACUUCUACAUAAUAGAGAAGUCGUCCAUCUCAGCCCAGAAUACGGCUCUGUUCCCCGUCAUGGCCCACAUGAGAACUGUGGAGGCCAUGUUGUUCGCUCUGCUGGAGCCAAGAAACUGCCCGCCAGAGUCCAAUAUCCCUCCCCGAGUUCUGAACAUGAUGCGUACCGCUGUGGGACGUCACUUUGGACUGAUGGUGGGUGAGUCGCGGACCAGCGGCGCUCAGACGGUGCGACAGCUGAUGACAGAGUCGGUGACACAGAAGUUUCCUCGGAUAAACUUCCCCCCGGACCUGCUGGUGAAGUACAGGAAUUCCUUCCAAAUGGGCAGCAGAAGAGGAGGAGAGGAACUCUGCGAUGCUCUGCUGCAGGCCGUGGCUUUCUACGAGCUGCUCAGUGAAUCUUCCAGUUAGCCGUGACGCGCUAACAUCCACUAAAGAUGAACAUAAGCAUUCUGAGCCCUUUCAGGAAACCACACUCCACAUCUGUUUACCAGGUUUAGUGGCAGUUGAUGGUAUAUUUUAAACUGUUAAGCUGUUUUACUGUUAUGUUGAAUACUUUGGAGCCGCUGACGACAGUUGCUACGGUAUUUUGUUAUUCCUGCUGUCUGUCUUGGAUCAUUGAUUUGGACAAUUGUAAAGCUGCUGCUGUCUCAGGACUUCAUGGAUUAUUCACUAACUUUUUUUUUUUUUUUUU